GUUCUCAACAGCAUUAUCUGAAGUAGUUCGUUCUUUAAACGAUUUUCUUCGAUAUUGACAGUUCAAGUUUUGACUAUAAAAAGUGCAUUAAAAGCAAGCAACAUGGUGCAAUAUAAUCCACAAAACUUUCAAGGAUCAGGAGUCAACAACAUGGGAAACAUGACUGUUGCUGACAUGGUUCCACAAGAAAUGUUGUAUUUGGUGGACACUUAUUGGUUCCAAUAUCCACCAAUGAAUCCACUUUGGCACAGUCUUCUUGGUUUUGCUCUCAUCAUCUUCUGUACUAUCGCAUUUUUGGGAAACCUUUGUGUCAUAUACAUCUUCUCAAAGACUAAAUCACUUAGAAGUCCAUCAAAUCUCUUGGUUGUCAAUUUGGCUGUUUCUGACUUCAUGAUUAUGUUUACAAUGGGACCAGCUAUGAUCGUAAACUGCUACUACGAGACAUGGGUAUUUGGUCCAUUAGCUUGUCAAAUUUACGGAAUGUGCGGAUCUCUUUUUGGCUGUAUCUCCAUUUGGACAAUGACAAUGAUUGCAUUCGACAGAUACAAUGUCAUCGUUAAAGGUAUUACUGGCAAGCCACUGACUCAUGGUGGAGCAAUCCUUAGAAUAUUCUUCGUCUGGGCUGCAUCCCUUUUAUGGACAUUGUUGCCACUUUUCGGAUGGAAUAGAUACACACCCGAGGGAAAUAUGACUGCAUGCGGUACUGACUAUUUGACACCAGGAUGGACUAGUCGCAGUUAUGUCUUAGUUUAUGGAAUCUGGGUCUAUUUCCUUCCACUUCUGUUAAUCAUCUACUCAUAUUACUUUAUCAUGCAAGCCGUAACUGCACAUGAGAAGAACAUGCGAGAACAGGCUAAAAAGAUGAAUGUUGCAUCCUUGAGAUCAUCAGAAAAUCAAGCACAGAGUGUUGAAUGCAAAUUAGCCAAAAUAGCCUUAAUGACAAUCUCAUUGUGGUUUAUGGCUUGGACACCAUAUUUAGUCAUCAACUUUGCAUCAAUCUUCGAUAUGGCAAAAAUAACUCCUUUGGGUUCAAUCUGGGGCUCAGUUUUCGCUAAAGCGAACUCUAUUUAUAAUCCAGUAGUCUACGGUAUCAGCCAUCCUAAAUAUCGUGCUGCUCUCAUCAAGACAUUCCCAUCGUUGGCAUGCGGUGGAAAGGAUGACUUAUCUGACGCCCAAUCAUCUGGUACAGCUUUGUCAACUGUUUCUGAAGAGAAACCAGUAGCAUAAUUUCGACUAGAUUAUGACGACCACAGCUUGUUAAUGGAAAAAUGGCUGGAAACUUACUAAUAUUAAUUAAUCAUAGAAUUUAAAAAUGGCAAAGCAUUG